UCUUUACGUACACGUUGUAGGCGGAGCCGUCCUGUGCGCGGUGACUGGCGGCGGCACUGGCGGCAGCUCGGCGCGUUAAUAGUGCGGAUCGCGGGAUCGGGGAACUUCAGAGGCGGCAGUGGCGCCGGCUAGGACGACGACGACAGCAGGAGCGAGCCCUCGGCUUGUCGCUCACCAUGCCGACCGUGGAGGAGCUUUACCGCAACUAUGGCAUCUUAGCCGAUGCCACGGAGCAAGUGGGCCAGCAUAAAGACGCCUAUCAAGUGAUUUUGGAUGGUGUGAAAGGUGGUAUGAAGGAAAAAAGAUUAGCAGCUCAGUUUAUUCCAAAAUUCUUUAAGCAUUUUCCAGAAUUGGCUGAUUCUGCUAUCAAUGCACAGUUAGACCUCUGUGAGGAUGAAGAUGUGUCAAUUCGACGGCAAGCAAUUAAAGAGCUUCCUCAGUUUGCCACUGGAGAAAAUCUUCCCCGAGUGGCAGAUAUUCUAACCCAACUUUUGCAGACAGAUGACUCUGCAGAAUUUAACUUAGUGAACAAUGCCCUGUUAAGUAUAUUUAAGAUGGAUGCAAAAGGAACUUUAGGUGGCUUAUUCAGCCAAAUCCUUCAAGGAGAGGACAUUGUUCGAGAACGAGCAAUCAAAUUCCUUUCUACGAAACUUAAGACUUUACCAGACGAAGUCUUAACAAAGGAAGUAGAGGAGCUUAUACUAACUGAAUCCAAAAAGGUCCUAGAAGAUGUGACUGGUGAAGAAUUUGUCCUGUUCAUGAAGAUACUAUCAGGGUUAAAAAGCUUACAGACAGUGAGUGGAAGACAGCAACUUGUAGAGCUGGUGGCUGAACAGGCUGACCUGGAACAAACCUUCAACCCAUCAGAUCCUGACUGUGUGGACAGACUGUUGCAGUGCACUCGGCAGGCGGUACCCCUCUUCUCUAAAAAUGUGCAUUCCACAAGGUUUGUGACUUAUUUCUGUGAGCAUGUUCUCCCUAACCUCAGCUCCUUGACUACCCCAGUGGAAGGUCUUGAUAUACAGUUGGAGGUGUUGAAACUACUGGCCGAGAUGAGUUCAUUUUGUGGUGACAUGGAAAAGCUAGAAACAAAUUUAAAGAAACUGUUUGAUAAGUUAUUGGAGUACAUGCCACUCCCUCCAGAAGAAGCAGAAAAUGGGGAGAAUGCUGGUAAUGAAGAACCCAAGCUGCAGUUCAGUUAUGUGGAAUGUUUGUUGUACAGCUUCCACCAAUUGGGCCGAAAACUUCCAGAUUUCUUAACAGCCAAACUCAAUGCAGAAAAGCUCAAAGAUUUUAAAAUCAGGCUGCAGUACUUCGCCCGGGGCCUACAGGUUUAUAUCAGACAACUUCGCUUGGCUCUCCAGGGUAAAACAGGCGAGGCCUUAAAAACAGAAGAGAACAAGAUUAAAGUUGUUGCAUUGAAAAUAACAAAUAAUAUCAAUGUUUUAAUCAAGGAUCUCUUCCACAUUCCUCCGUCUUAUAAGAGCACAGUAACAUUAUCCUGGAAACCUGUACAGAAGGUUGAAAUAGGGCAAAAGAGGGCCAAUGAAGAUACAACUUCCGGUUCACCACCGAAGAAAUCUCCAGCAGGACCAAAAAGAGAUGCCAGGCAGAUUUAUAAUCCUCCUAGUGGGAAGUAUAGCAGCAAUUUGGGCAACUUUAAUUAUGAGCAGAGAGGAGCCUUCAGGGGAAGUAGAGGUGGCCGAGGUUGGGGAGCGCGAGGAAGUCGUAGUCGGGGACGACUCUACUGAACAAGACAUCGCAUUCGUCAGCAUUGUCACGAGCUUAAUAUACUUAAAUUCUACUACUCAUUGGAUUGCCGGGGAUGUCCCUUUAAAAGGACUGCUGCCUUCAGCUAAAAACUUAAUGUUCUUUAUACCUUUGUAUGUAUGAUCUACUUUUGUAACAGACCAUGGUCGUGUCCAAGGUAAAACCACAGCGAUAUUUUUGGAUGCUCUGUGCGCAGUCUUGACUUGUUGUUUUUGCAAUAUCAUCAUUAUUGAGAGUUCAUUUUGUGAAUCUUUUACUUUUAAGCAUCUUAAUAGUUUGUUACUGAAAGCUGUUCAAGUCUAAAAUAUAAUGAAAUUCAGUCCAUUACUGAUAACUGGCAAAGAUCAUCAGUUUUGAAAGGUUACUUUUUACCCCCUCUGUCUUAUGUUUUUACUUUUGCCCAAUAUAUGGAGAAGAGUAAUGGUCAAUCUUAACAUUUUAUCUUCAUUGUUUUUUAAUAAAGCUGGUAGGUAGUGGUUCCUACCUAGUAUCAUAAGAGCAAAACACUUACCAGCUUUCUUAAAAUGUACAAAUGACAUUACAUUUUUAGGAGAAAGCAAGUUGCUGUCCACUCUUAAUUAACUCUUCUCCAUAUGUUGUGAUAAAACUUUUGAAUAUGGGCUCUUAACUAUUUGAAUAGAAAUGUGUAUGUAUAAUAUACAUACAUGCAUAAGCAUAUGAGUGCGUGUGUGUGUGUAUAUAUGCAUGCUGUGAAACUUGACUACACAACAUAAAUCACUUUUUUAAAUUCCAGGAAUGGGUAAUCUUUGACAUGGUGAUCACCCUUUUGAGGCUGAAUCCAUUAUUGUUAUCUGUGUUUUCCUCCCAGUAGUGAGGGAUUUUGAGUCAGUUGCACUUAACAUGAUUAUUGUUAUUUAAAAGUAAAAAUAAACAAAGGCUGCAUUUUUCAAAGAUAAGUUUGGAGAUUCUGGUUGGAGAAAUACAGCCAAAAUAUUGAAUCUGAUGUACAUAUAGGUUUCUACAGGAUGACAUAGAAUAAUUUAGAAUUGGGGGAUUUAAUAACCAGGGCAGCCCAGGAAAAGUGACUUGAUAACAUGGUGUACCAAUAAUAAGGGAUGCUCCUCAGUUUGCUUUUGCCACUUUGAAGAUUUUAACUUCUCAGGUUAUUAAUCAAAAUUAUUGUAUAAGUUAGCCAAUAGAAUCUUUAGGUGAAAACAACAGAUGGGGGGUUUGUGGAGUGUUUAAUGUCAUGGGCAUUUUUAGUAGCAUAGGACCUUUGCUCUACAUUUGAAUGUUUCAUAUAUUUUUGUUCCACAGUUAAUCUUCCCUCCCCAAGUUUGCUGUUCGAAUCCAAUGCCUGGAUGACAUUUUCUAGUAGUUUGACGAAUAUUUUGAGGAAUAGUUUGUGAUUCCAACGCAGGUGUCUUCAUUACUGUUACCUCUACAUUGGGGAAAAAGUAAAACCCCUUUGUUAGAAUUACUGCACAUGUUUAAAUACUAGAAUGAUACCAGUGAGCAAAAAAAGUUGGGUCAGCUUGACUAUGGAGUGCUGGCAAUAAUGUAAACAUUCCAGAAGACUGAGCUGAACCUAAGCUCCCUUGGAAUCGGAACAGACAUAGGAACAUGGAAUUGCCAUUUGAAAACUGUGACCAGGUAGUCUGGGCCUCAGAGGCAGGUCAAUCAGUGACCCAAAGCCAUUUCAAGUACAGAAACUAUAUUGGGACUACAGUUAUAUAAAUUUGAACAUUAAGUGUAACUUUUCCUUUUUCUUUUUUUAAGAAUAUUUGUAAACUCAAAGUUGAGAAGUGACUUGCCUUUCUCGACUUUGAUACUGAGUUGACUGUGUUUCUCCCUUUACCACCUCAUUGUUCCCCUCCCUUUCCUAAGGCAACAGUGCACAACUUAGGUUAUUUCUGCUUCAGAAAUCUGAAUGAAAAACUUCAUGCCAUGAUUUUUUUUUUUUGCAAGACACCUGUUUAUCACCUUGUUCAAAAGUAAAUGUUCCCUUAUGCUUUUGAAAUAAAUUUCCUUUUGUAAUUUUG